GUCCUGGAGACCGGCGACGGGAGGACCUCCAAGUUCUCGGGCGACGGCGCGCCCAUCCGGGCGCGGUACCAGGAGCGGUACCAGCUAGACCAGGACGAGAGCCUGAGCUUCAACAAGUUCAUCUCGGAGGACAAGAAGCUCACGCACGACCUGGCGGUGGAGAGCGGCCACGGCCACCUCGUGCCCGAGCAGGUCUGCUUCCCCCGCGAGUACCGUGACGACCUGUGGAGGGACAUCCGCGACGGCCUCGGCCUCGGGGACGACAGCCACGUCGUCCUGAAGCUCUGCAACCGCUCCCGUGCGGCGGGCGUCCUUGUGGCCUCGGUGCGCGAGCUGGACGAGAUGCUGCGGGAGCUGCUGGUGGUGCCCUCGGAGGCCGAGCUAGAACAGUGGCUUGGCCCGCUCGCCGAGCGCAUGCUGGACGGCCCCGGGGUGAACCUCGGCUGCGAGGCCCAGUCGUUCGAGGAGCAGCGGCGCCACUGGUGGUCCAACGAGAGCCCAGUGUUCGUCGCGGAGCGGUUGUGCACGUCGGUGCCGUGCGAGUCGGGCGGGCGCUCCUACGACGCCACCAUGCGCGUCGGCUUCGCGCUCCGGCGGCGCGCGGCCAGCGGCGACGGCCCGCCUGCGGGGGGGCCCGACGAGCUCGCCGCGGACUGGCUGGGCGGCUACUGGAAGCUGCCCGCGAGCCCGCUGGACGACGGGUUCUCCAGGUCGAGCUGCAUCAGCGCGGCCCGCACCGCGGGCACCGCCCCUGUGCCUGCCGAGCACCUUCACGAGGUCUUCGCAGCCCUCGGCGGCGCAGUGCAGCAGCUGUUCAGCAGCCAGGAGCCGUGCCCGGAGGACCUGCAGACCGUGCACGCGCAGAGGCACGGCCACGGCAGGGAGCUCACCGCCUUCUUCACCGCCCGUCUUGGCACGUCCUGCUUCCAGCGUAGCCCAGCCAAGGCGCUGCGGAUGCUCGAGGACGCCCUGCAGCUGCUCGACGCUGCGCCCGAGCCCGCGCCCUGCCAGCGCUACGUGCGGUCCUUCGUGCACCGCAGCCUGGGGUGCGUCGUGGGGCCCGAGGAGGAGCGGCCCGGCCAGCUGCGGAGGGCCGCCGCCCUCCACCCGUCCAGCGCACUGGCGCUCUUCUGGCUGGGCGCUUCGGCGCUGCAGUCGGGGGCCGAGCGGCUGGAAGAUGCGCGCGCGCACCUCGCCCGGAGCCUGCUGCUGGACCCGGACCUGCGGCCGGCCUACGUGUGUUUGGCCGUCGCGUGCAUCAAGCUGGGUCUCUUCGAGGAGAGGCCACCCGCCUCUCGGAGGCCUGCCUCGCCCGGCACCCGCAGACGCCCAUGUGCCACUACCACGUCGCCGUGGCCUGCUGCCAGCGGGCCCUGCAGCUCCGGGCCGCCGCCCGGGCCGCGGGCGCGGGCGCCGCCGCGGCCGAGGCCGAGGGGCUGCGGCGCAGGUCGCUGGAGGCCUUCUCCCUGGCCCUCGACAGCGAGGAGGCCAGGCGGCGCAGCCGCGCCGCGGCGGGCCCCGGCGCCUGCGCGGAGCCGCCGUGGACCGAGGCCGACGUCCAGAUGCGCAUCGCCAUGGAGGGGGCCGUGCACCCGAAGCGCGUGCCGCUGCCGCCGGCCUGGCCCGGGUGGCCGGUGUACGCCUACCGCGUGUAGGGCGGCGGCGGCCGCAGGACGGCGCGCCGGCGCCGCUCCCCGCGACAGAGGUCUGGGACGCCCUUCCCAUCGAGGGCGCCCCGGCCGCGGCGAGCGCUGGCCAGGGACGUCCUGGACCACAUAA